AAACGCCAUGUUGGGGUCACCCUAAGUCGGUGCCUUCGUGGCUCAAGGGAGAGCUCGGGGCUCGCCAUGCGGGCAGCGCGCAGCGUGCGGUCUCUGCAUGAGGUCGUCCCCACUUCUCAACUCCAUGAUGGUGGAUAUGAUGAGGAGUGGCUCGAUCCGGCGCUUGCAGUCAAGUGGGAGUGCAUGAUCUGCAAGUGUGUGGCGCGGGACGUGGUGUCGCCCGCCUGUUGCGGGGAGCUCUUCUGUGAGAUCUGCUGGGUGAAAUGCCAGCAGCGUGAAGAGAAGUGCCCUCACUGCCGGGAAGCGACCAAGAGCGCUGAUCCCUCCAACAAGGACCGGAAAGAGAUUCGGAAUCUGGAGCUGAAGUGCCCGCAAGGCUGCAGUUCGGUGGUGACCUUGGGCCAUAAGGACCAGCACCUAGUGCAGGACUGCAGCGAGCGCAAAGUCUCCUGCGAGGCGUGCCAGGCCUCGGUGCUGGCGCGGGAGCUGGAAGAGCACAAAGCAACUGAGUGCGAGGCCAACUACAAGAAGUGCCGCCUGUGCGGAGAGCGUGUCCGGAAAGACGGCAUGGUGGCCCACCUGGAAACCAACGUUGGACAGCACAUGGCAGCCAUGCUCGCCAUGUUUGAGGAGCUGGACGAGCUGAGGGAGCAGGUCAAGGGCCAACAGACCGAAAGUGCGGCGUCGGCGCAGGCCGAGCCGGAGCGGCCGGCCGUUCCGAUGUGGCACCCGGGCAAGAUUCCAUCCCAGCCCACCGGCAUUGGGCGGACAGACAGCAAGGAAUUAUUCAUAUCGCCCGGCUGGCCGUUCGACGAGUAUGCAACUGGGUGGGUUGUCAUUGGCGGUCCACAAGAUCUGCCGGUCCUGGAUGUAGUCUUUCCCAAAGAUGAGGCGCGUUUUCCUUCGAAGCUCAGCAACUGGACAUGUUGCGGAGGCUUUCAUGAUGCGCCUCCCUGUCAGCCCAGGAAGUGGCAUCCCGGCAAGAUACACCCCAGGCCGAACAACCUUCAGCGGACGGACGGGCGAGACUUUGGUUGGAGUGCUGGCUGGGGCUAUGACGAUUACGCAACGGGCUGGAAAACCUUCAAUGAGGAGUAUAGGGAUCUACUGAUCCUCGAUGUAGUUUAUCCCAAGCCUGGAUCGCGCUUCCAGCAACUCAGCAACUGGACAUGUUGCGGAGGCUGUCAUGAUGCGCCCCCCUGCCAGCCGAGAGACGUGCCGGAACAUGCAGCAAGUUCUUCCGGCACGUGACGAAGGACACUGGGUGCCACAUAGCCCAU